GACUACGAGAGAGACUGAGGGACAAUGAGAACAUCAUCUGUGCCGAGGGCUACAUGCGUGAGUUGGAGAGGCGUGGCUACGUGCAGUACGGACCCAAUACCCCUGAGGUGGUGCUAGAGUACCCAGACCAGGUGCGCUCUCUGCAUCAGGAGUUUGUGCUGGCAGGAAGCGAUGUGGUGGAGGCUUUUACGUACUACGGACAUAGAGCCAAGAUGCGUCUUAUAGGGCGGGAAAGUGACCUGGAACGCCUGAACAGAUCGGCGCUCCGCAUUGCCCGAGAAGUGGCCGACCAGACAGGCACGCUCAUGGCGGGGAACAUCUGCAACACCUGUGUCUACGACCCCAAGGACAAGAGCACUUUUGGACCUGUCAAGAAAAUGUUUGAGGAGCAAAUCCGAUGGGCUGUUGGUGAAGGUGCUGACUAUAUUAUCGCUGAGACGUUUAGCGACUUUGGAGAGGCAAAACUAGCCCUGGAAGCCAUACAGGAGGUUGGGAAAGGCCUCCCAGCCGUGGUGACAUUAACUGCGUACUGCCCAGAUGUCACAACCGACGAUAUUCCCAUAGAAGAAGCGUUGAGGCAGCUGGAGAUCUUGGGGGCCGAUGUCGUCGGGCUCAACUGCGGCCGGGGUCCAGAGACAAUGAUGCCUUUGUUGAAAAAGGCUCGAAAGAUAUGUAAGGUGCGCCGGCCCACCCUCUGGACAUCGACUGCUGCCGGUGUAGCCGGAGUGACGUCAGAAGGUUCGCCAAGGAGGCUCGGGCUCUGGGCGUACAGUACGUGGGUCUGUGCUGUGGCAGCAGCUCCAACAUGCUGAGAGAGGUGGCCCAGGAGUACGGGCGAACCCCCGCGGCCGGCGUCUACGCCCCUGACAUGGACAAAUGCACGCUGGCCCAGGCUAGGACCGCCCACGUACAGAAGAGGCAGUUCUUCGCCUAUUCGCGGGUGUACAAUAUCGCUACGUAGUGGGCUAUGUGUGUGGAGUUUGAAUAGGAGAAUGUCGGUCGUGAUAGAGACAAGAAUAUCAUUUGUAUUGAAAAAAAUAGUUGUGUGAAGGAUUGGAUCCUAAAUAUAUAGGCCUAUGUUACGUAUACAUAAAUACACGUAUAUACAUUUUUUUUCAAGAGAAAGUUACACAUUGGUAUUCAAAUAGAUCGAUAGCAGACAGACAGGCUGACAGACAGACAGACGGACAGACAGACAGACGGACAGAC